AUGACGUCCACUAUCGGUAUUCCAAUCAAGCUGCUACAUGAGGCUCAGGGCCACAUCAUCACGGUCGAGCUCGACAAUGGCAACUCGUACCGUGGCAAGCUCCUUGAUGCUUCUGACGGUCUCUCCUGUACAGCCGAGGACUCGAUGAACGUCCAACUGAAAGACAUCACGGUCACUUCGCGUGAGGGUCGUGUCUAUCACGUCGAUCAAGUGUACAUACGCGGAUCCCAUGUCCGCUUCUUCAUCAUUCCAGACAUGUUGCGCAACGCACCCAUGUUCCGCGCACGCAACGUUCGUGGUCGCGGUGUUGGCCUUGCGCGUGGCCGCGCCACAAAUGGUCCUUUUGACUCUGGCUCGAACGAAAGACCCUUCGCCGCUCGUGGUGGUGGCGUAGGCAGCACAGUUGCUGCUUUCACCUCUGGCCGUGUCCACGCGGCCAACACAUAUGGCCGCGUCGGCCUCGCCCCUGGUUCUUCUGGCCAGGCCACACGAGGCUUUGCCAGGGGCGGCCCCUCUGAUGCUUCUGCCGGUGCUGCUCCCGCUCACGCUGGCUUUGCUCCUCGCACCACAGCACGGGGCGAUUCUGGCCGUUGA